ACCAGGAAACAUGUCAAUGUUUGUAGCAGGUCCCUCCUUUAGUUUAGUCUGACCAGUGUUAGUUCUGACCAGAGGUCUAAUGACCGCCUGUCUGGCGCAUUAACAAGCAUCGCUUCGGUCCAUCAAUGGCUUUUUCAACCACCGUUACGCCGGGGCAAACCACAGUUACUGAAAAAGCUGGAGGUGGAGGCAACCCAGACUACAUUGCCUUUGUGCUAGUGCCCACUUUCUUCCUUCUGGGCCUGCUGGGGGUGGUGGUCUGUCACGUGUUGAAGAGGAAGGGCUAUCGCUGCACCACUGCCCAGGAGGAUGAAGAGGUGUGUGAAGAAGAGGAGAAGGAUCCUGAGCAGUGUGGAGAGCUAAAUGACACCCUCAGUGAACACGACACAGUUGGACAGAUUGUCCACUACAUCAUGAAAAAUGAAGCAAACUCAGACGCCCUAAAAGCCAUGGUUCAUGAGAACAGCGUUGAAUCAGAUGGUCCUCCACUCACCCCCACUUCUAUUGGGCCUUCCACCCCUCCGAUGACCCCCGUGUCACCUCGGGGGGCCCCCGGAGCUGCAAAGCACACCUGCAACCACCUGCACACCAUUGGAGGUGCCAGUGGCCAAAAGAACAUUUGCACACGUUGCAACCAGAAGAAAUGGCCGCUGUUCAGGAGUCCGUCGGCCCGCAAGGUGGAGCAGCGCCGCAGUCACCUCGGAGAGGUCACUGUUCUGGCUGUGGGCAGGUUUCGUGUGACCAAAUGUGAAAAACCACUCAGAGAGCGACGGACUCUGCUAAUAUCAGACUCUAAUGGCAGCGUCCCUUCAACGCCCACGACAGUGGAGCCCCCCAGCCGAACCACAUCUGAGUCCCAAAAGGAGCAGACGGAGAACUUGGACAAGGAGAAGAGGUAGAAAACCAGCUGUCCAAAGAGAGCAGAAGCAACAUCUGGACACUUUUUUUCUUUUAAACCAAAAU